CCUUCAGUGCUAGUGCUAGUGCGUGUCUGAAACCUUAAUUGGCGCUGCGCAUACGAAUUCGUAGCUUGUUUGUGCAAUUCAGACACUUCUCAUGGACUCUUUAUCCAUCCCGGGCCCCAUACAAAAAUUCUUUUCUAUAUUUCCUCUUGAUGUUUUACCGGAUCAGCUUGCAUCCGCAACGCCCCCUUUCCCGACGCUCUGGAUUCGACCUCCAGCUUCCAAACUCUCGAACCAAAGUCGGGAUGUCGUUUGUCUGAAAUGGCAAGCGUAUCUCGUCUUGCGUGGAGUCCGAGGUGUGCAACUGAGAUGGGAUAUCAGCGAUGAUGGCGCCAUAAAUGGGCGGCUCCCUAGCUUGCAUCUACCCAAUGGCGACCUUUUAGGGUCUGGAAGAUUACCAUCUUGGGCAGAUGACGUUCAGGGUUCCAAUGUUGAUCCUCUCGAAGGCUUCAAAAACACAGAUUUGAAACACGAAUCGCGGGCUUGGGCUUCAUUGCUAGAUCGCAAUAUACAGGCAGCUCUGCCGCAAAACUCGGAGAACUUGUCUCGUCUGUUCCAACCCCCGUUGCCGCCUCUCUCAGGUAUCAGCAAUCCCUUGCCACCAUUUGGGUCCCACAUCCCUUCUUCUUCCAUCCUCCUGCAGUACAGGGAAGCCAUCGACUCGGUAGCGGUCCGUCUUGAUCAAGAUGAAUGGUUCUUGGGUUCUGCCUCUCCUACAUUCCUUGAUGCACUCCUAUACGCCUAUCUGCAUUGCGCCUUGCAAGGCCCCGAAUCCCUCAGCAACGAGAUUUUGAAAAGGGAGAAUCUAGUGAACUGGGAGCACAAAGUUUCCGAGAUGAUGGAAUCAGCCUAUCAAUAAAUCCAUCAAACAACUGCAUCUCUCAACCGCAUUGACCUCCCUCCCCCUCCCUAAAACAGGUACCCUGGCUGCCAUCUGUGUCCUGUCUGGAAAAUCCCUCUUGUUGAGUGCCCGCACGUUUGCGCGCGUGCCGCCAAGCCGAUCUUGCAUACCCACUUGAUAUAGCCCUGGGACCAUCCAUUCUUGUGUGCUGAGCUUUUUUACCUUCGUCAUAUAGCUCUGAACUUCUUUCGUAUAAUAUUAAGUCGCCCGCACCGAAGGAUGCCUGAAAGACACGCUUUCAAUACGAAGAACCCAGACUUUAAUGGUGCUCAAGAGCUUACCCAAGCGACAUUCAUCCUGAGGGCUGGUUUGGACAUUGUUUAUUAAGGAU